AUGGCGGAGUUUUCAGCGGCCGGAGACGGCUCUGAAUCUGGACGUCGUCAACACGACCAAUCGUUUCCAAACUCCCAGAUGCCAACCCCAACGACGGGCAACGCGCCGGACGCCUUGACCGCUGGCUCGUUGGAGCGAGGAACUUUCUCCCAACCACAAGCGCUGUACUAUCCAUGGCCCAUGUUCGCACCGUAUCAGCAACAAUAUCAACUUCUAUCACAACCACAGCAACAUCACCAUGACCAUGACCAGCAUCAACAACAACACCAUCAACAUCAGCAAGAGCAACAAUAUCAACAUCUAAACCACCAGCAACCAGCACCACCGCUGCCGCCGACAACGCAAUCAUGGCACUCUCCCAGCGCUCACUCCAACUACACAUUUACGCCCCUAGAGAUGGCGACACCUAUUGAUGGAUCGUUGUUGCAAGUGCCGGACAUGAAUAAUUAUCAACCACGAGUCGAGGCUGGGUUUUUGCCGCUGCCGUCACAAACACAAGAGGUCCAUGGUGGGCAACUUGUCUCGACUACCCCUCGACGGUUUCACUCACUUCAACCUAUGUCGUUGAGUACUAGCGUCAGCUCGUCAACGCAGCCUCGAUCAUUGUCAGCUGGAGCAUCUUCGCCUAUGACACCAGUGGCUGGCCCUCAAGCGAGUGAGAUGGCCAAAUGGGGGUUCAGGAACCCCAGGGACGGGACAUGGUCGUGCGCACACCCUGGUUGUACAUCGCAGUCUACUUUCUUCCGUGCAUGUGACUUGCGGAAGCACUACAAGCGACACACGAAGACGCUGUUCUGCAGUCAUGCCGGAUGUGCCAAGGCGACAGGCGGAGGUUUCUCGAGCAGAAAGGACCUUCUUCGGCACGAGACCAAGCACAAUCCCAAAGUCCAAUGUACAUUCAAAGGUUGCACCAAGAUAUUCAGUCGCGUUGACAACAUGAGAGAUCACGUCAAACGUAUCCACAACCGACGGCUUCCGUGA